UGGCAGGGCUGAAGGUAACCGCCCACCAGACGUCAUGUGACCGUCCCGCACACCGUUACCUAGGAGACGCGUCCAGGGCAACCGCCAGCUCCUGUGUGUCCAUCUACUGCCUGCAAUAUACAGUAUAUAGGACACGGUAUAUGAAACAUGUCGGCCACAGAGAUUCUCUCUGUGUCACCGGAUCUGCGUCCUCCGAACACAUCAGACCAAGAGAGACCAGGAGAUGUGGACCCCCAACCUGCCAACAGCAGACCUGUAGAAGAUGGAAAGACAGAACAGGACACGUCUCCCUCCUCUGCUCUCGUCGAGGAACAUUUAGAUUUGAAACCAAACUUGAAGCAGAGGAUUGUUCUCCGCCACCUCCCGCCAGAGAUAUGGACCCCAGAGCUGGAUACCGCCUUGGACCACUUUGUUUCGGACAUCACCCAGGAGGUCCUAUCUGUGUACUUUGAUCCCCACACCGGACUGCACGCGGAGUUCAACAUGCCAGGACAGAAUGUGGAGCAGUUAGUCUAUUUCAUCAGAAGAGAGAGGUCCUCGCUAGUUCCUGAGAACCUACAGGAGAACCUGCAGUUUGGAUGUGUGCGAGGUCCCUACAUCGUAGCUCUGCUCAGGCUGAUGAAUGGUGUCUACGCGCCUUACAUCUUCAGUAACACCACCUGGCCGGAGAGUAUCCGGAACAACUUCUCGGCUCACGCCCACCGCUUUCUGGCAGCGCUCACCGAUAUCCGCUACAAGCUGCAGGGACAUACCGUCCUCUACAUCCCCAUCGAGGCCAUGAACUUAAAUGCUGAGGUUGCAGUGAAGGACAAAGAGAUGGUUCAGAGGCUGGAGACUGCCAUGGUUCACUGGACCCGUCAGAUCAAGGAGGUCCUGAGUGCACAGGAAGCUCUGGAGAUGGGGGAGAGUUCCGGACCCCUGGAGGAGAUUGAGUUUUGGAGAGACAGGUGUACCGAUCUCUCAGGAAUUAGCACCCAACUGGACAAGCCUGGGGUCAAACAUAUUGAACUCAUCCUUGAGAUGGCAAAGUCUUCCUACGUGGGACCAUUCAGGAAAUUGUCCAAGCAGAUCCAGGACGGUUCUCUCCAAGCUCAGUCCAACCUGAGUUUCCUGUCUGUGCUGAAAGAACCCUUUGAGGAGCUGACGUCCCUGACGCUAAAACAGAUUCCCGGCAAGCUUCCCCGUCUCCUCAGCCUCGUCCGCGUCAUCUGGGUUAACUCUCCAUACUACAACACCCGCGAAUGCCUCACCUCACUGUUCCGUAAGAUAAGCAAUGAAAUAAUCCGGCUCUGCAGCAGGGAAAUAUCUCUAGACCGCAUCUUCGAUGGCUUCAUCACGUCAAGCCGCGAGGUUCUGAAAGACUGCAUCUGGUGCUGCACGGCGUGGAAGGAGCAGUACAUGAGCGCAGCGCAGCUUCAUCAGAGGUUUUCCAAAGUCGGGUGGGUUUUGGAUCAAACCAGUAUCUUUGCUCAAGUGGACGCCUUUAUACAGCGCUGCAAAGAUCUCCUAGAGGUGUGCCUGUGUCAGCAGCAGUUCCGGCGGUGGGAGGAUGGACAGCAGACCCCGCUUCCCUGCUUCCCAGGCCAGAGCGGCCCCCGGAUCACCCGCAACUUGCUGGAGAUUGAAGAGACGUUUCACAAGAACUUAUUGGUUCUGAAGUCGAAGAAGACCAUACUGGAUGUGAAGAACACGUUCUGGCAUGAUGACUAUAACAGGUUCCGAGCUGGGGUGAAGGACCUGGAAGUGAUGAUGCAGAAUCUCAUCACGACGGCCUUUGAGACGGUCCGCGGAGUGGAGCAGGGGGUGGAGCUGUUGGACAUUUUCCACCAUUUGUCAGCACGAGAGGCAAUAAAGCGCAUGUUCGAUAAGAAGACGGUGCAAGUGUACGAGCUGCUGAAAAACGAGCUUGAUCUGGUGAACAAGGAGCUGGGGAGGAGAGACCCGACCGUGCCCUCUCACAUGUGCACCUGCGCCGGCCAAGCGCACUGGGCGCGGGCCCUGAAACGUCGCAUUGAAAGACCUAUGGAGAUCCUGGCUAAUGCCCAUUUCAUGCCCCGCAUUGGAAUAGGGGAGGAAAGCAUCCAGGAGUACCAGCAGCUGGCACAGAAGCUUGAUGAGCUGGUGAGGAAGAUCUUCAGCGAGUGGUCUCAGUCAGCUGACAAACAGGCCAUGAAGCGGCUAGAUAUACCACUCAUGGUUCGCAGCCAGGAGAAGGUCGGCAUGUUGGAUGUGAACUUUGAUAAAAACCUACUGAAAAUGUUUGUGGAGAUCAACUACUGGGAGCGGCUGUCGUUUGAGAUCCCGCACUACCUGGUGGACAUUUACCAGAGACAGGAGGACCUCAGAAACCUACGUGAGAAUGUUCUGCUGGUGGUACGGGCAUAUAACAGGAUCAUAGCCGCUCUGUCCCUGGAGGAGCGGGGUUUGUUCAGAGAAAGAAUACGCUUCUUAGAUAAAAAGAUCCAGCCUGGACUUACCAAGCUACAUUGGUCAUCUAAGGGAGCGUCAAGUGCCUUCAUCAAUGACUGUCUGCUGCACGCAAGCAAGAUCCAACAAAUUGUGGAUAAUUACAAAGCUUCCAACCUGAAUAUCUCCCACUGCGCCAAGUUGAUAAGCGAGACAUUGCUGCUUCAUAUUGAUGGGAAACGAGUCUUCCGAGAUCUGGAGUUUCAGGAGGUGCAGGAGGAACACCGCAGGAUCGUCCAGGGCCGUCUGCAGACCCUCCACGAGGAGAUCUGCAGCCUCAUGAGGACCACCUAUGAAGUUUUUAGGACAGAUGGACCUGAGGUCCAGCAUCACUGGAUGACCUACACGGAGAAGAUGGACCGUCUCAUCGAAGAGGCCUUCAGACUCAACAUCAAGUGGUCUCUUCAGGAGUUGUCAAAGGCCAUCAAUGGCGACAGCAAAACGGCCCAGAGCCCCAUAUUCCGGGUCAUGGUGAUUCUGCAAGACAUCCCUGGGUCCACGGCUGAGGUGGAGUUCUCUCCCACGCUCGUACAGCUGGCAGACAUCGUAAACAGCGUAUGCUCGGAGAUCCUCAUCACCAUCUCCAGUUUCAGGCGACUUCCCGACAUACUGACCAAGAAGAAAUCUCAGCGGGACCCCAUACACUCCAUUCUGGAGCGGGACGACGAGAUCAAGAAGAUACAGGCUCAGAUCAGUGGUGGCAUGGCCGGCAAUGCUAAUCUCCUCCAGGCCUACUUGAAGACUUGGGACUCGUUCCGGAUGAUCUGGGAACCCCAGAAAGACACUUUGAUACGACGCUAUCAGCGCCUCAACCCUAUCGUGUCUGCAUUUGAUGCUGACAUUGCCCGGUACACCGAGCUGGCUAACAACGUUCAGAAGCAGGAGACGGUGCAGAACAUCCAGUUUGUGAUGCUGGACUGCAGUCACCUCAAGUUUGCUCUAGUCCAACACUGCAAUGAGUGGCAAAAUAAGUUCACUGGCCUUCUGAGGCACAUGGCCACCGAGAAGCUGAUGGAACUACACGCAUACCUGAGGGACAACGCAGAGAGGGUGAUGACGCUGCCCCAGAAUCUGGAGGAGCUGGCCCAGAGCCUGACCCUGUAUGACACACUGCAGAGCGAGCUCUCUAAGGUGGAGGGUCAGAUCAUGCCCAUUCAUGACCAGUUUGAGAUCCUGAAGAAAUAUGAGGUUGUCGUGGAGGAGUCGGUGCUCCAGACAUUGGACUCUUUGAACAAAGCCUGGCUCUCUUUCCAACAGAGUCUCAUAGAUAGUGAGUCCAUGCUUAAAAAGUCUAAAGAGAAGUUCAAAAGUGGCCUUAUCCACACUGCCGAAGAGUUCAAAAAGAAAGCACGGUCCCUGCUGGAGGAUUUCGCUGGUAAAGGACCCUUCUCCAGCUCGGUGGGAUGUGACCCAGCUCUAGAGUUGAUAGCUGCAAACCGUCAGAUGAUGAACGUCCUAAAGGAGGAGGAGAACACCAUUCGCUCUGGUCUGAGCAUGUUCAAGAUAGAACAGCCGUUCUCCAAGGACAUCCAGGCCCUGGAGAAGGACCUGGACUCUCUGCAGCUGGUGUGGGAAGCCACUAAAGAGUGGGAACAGAACUGGCAUGACUGGAAGUCUGGCCGCUUCCUUACUCUCCAGACGGAGCUGAUGGAAACCACCGCACAGGGUCUGUACAGAAGGCUGACCAAGCUGAGCCGGGAGUUGAAGGAUAAGAAGUGGGAAGUGGUGGAGGCAUCGAGGCUCCGUAUUGACCAGUUCAAGAGAACACUGCCUCUUAUCGCAGACCUGCGCAACCCAGCCUUGCGGGACAGGCACUGGUCACAAGUGAAGCAGGAGGUCCAGAGCUCCUUUGACCAGGGAGCUGAUGACUUCACCUUGGAGAAAAUUGUGCAGCUGGGGCUAGAUCAGCACGUGGAGAAGAUCAACGAGAUCUCCACGGCGGCCACAAAGGAGCUGUUCAUUGAACAGUCCCUGGAGACUAUCUCACAGACCUGGGAGGAGGUGCUGUUGGACAUUGUGUCCUACAAAGAUAAAGGCCACUAUCGCCUGAGAGGGACCGAUGAUGUCUUCCAGGCUUUAGAAGACAACCAAGUCAGCCUCGCCACCAUGAAGGCCUCCCCAUUUGUGAAAGCUUUUGAAAAAGACGUGGACCGGUGGGAGCGUUGUCUGUCUCACAUCCUGGAGGUCAUUGAGAUGAUCCUCACUGUACAGAGGCAGUGGCUGUAUUUGGAGAAUAUCUUCACAGGUGAGGACAUCCGGAAGCAGCUGCCCCAGGAGUCGGCAGAGUUUGAUGCCAUCAAUGCCAGCUGGAAGAUCAUUAUGGAUCGGUUAAAUAAGGAUAACAAUGCCUUGCGCGGAACUCACCACCCAGGUCUCCUGGAGAAGCUGGGACAGAUGAAUGAAGUUCUGGAGGGAAUUCAGAAGUCCCUGGACCUGUACCUGGAGACCAAACGGCAGAUCUUCCCGCGAUUCUACUUCUUGUCCAAUGAUGACCUGCUAGAGAUCCUUGGCCAGUCCCGGAACCCUGAAGCUGUAAAGCCGCAUCUCAAGAAGUGCUUUGACAACAUCACGUCGCUUAAGAUCCAGAAGGUUGGCGCCAGCAAUAAGUCCGAGGCUGCAGGGAUGUUCUCCGCAGAGGGGGAGUACGUGGAAUUCACGCACCCCGUGUUAUUAGAGGGCCCCGUGGAGGCCUGGCUGUGCGACAUUGAGAGGACCAUGCGAUGGACUUUGAAGGACCUUCUCAGGAACUGCCGACUGGCACUGAAGAAAAUGACGACCAAACGGGACAAGUGGGUGAAGGAUUGGGCAGGACAGAUGCUGAUCACCUCCAGCCAGAUACAGUGGACCACAGACGUGACCAAAUCUCUGGCGACAGCCAAGGAACGCGCAGACAAGAAGUUUCUCAAAACCAUGAAGAAGAAGCAGGUCUCUAUGCUGAACAAGUACUCUGACGCGAUCCGGGGAAACCUGACCAAGACUCUGCGGCUCAAGCUGGUGGCCUUGGUCACUGUGGAGGUCCACGCCAGAGACGUCAUCGAUAAGAUGCUGAAGAGUGGCUGCACCGAUGUCACCUCCUUUGAAUGGUUGAGUCAACUGCGUCUCUACUGGGAUAAGGACAUUGAUGACUGUCUCAUUAGACAGACCAACACACAGUUCCAGUAUGGAUAUGAGUAUCUGGGAAAUUCGGGCCGCCUUGUGAUUACUCCUCUAACUGACAGAUGCUACAUGACCCUCACCACAGCCCUGCACCUACAUCGUGGGGGAUCCCCUAAGGGCCCAGCUGGUACUGGGAAGACAGAGACUGUGAAAGAUUUAGGAAAGGCACUGGGAAUGUACGUGAUUGUGGUGAACUGCUCGGAGGGCCUGGACUACAAAUCCAUGGGAAGGAUGUAUUCUGGCUUGGCCCAGACUGGUGCUUGGGGCUGUUUCGACGAGUUUAACCGCAUCAACAUUGAAGUGCUGUCGGUGGUUGCCCAGCAGAUCCUUUCUAUCCUGUCCGCUCUCUCCGCUAACCUCAACCGAUUCAUAUUUGAGGGAAGAGAAAUCAACUUGGUGUGGUCUUGCGGUAUUUUCAUCACCAUGAAUCCAGGAUACGCCGGCCGCACCGAGCUCCCCGACAACCUCAAGUCCAUGUUCAGGCCCAUUUCCAUGGUGGUUCCAGACUCGACGCUCAUUGCAGAGAUAAUUUUGUUUGGAGAAGGGUUCAGUAACUGCAAGCUCCUGGCUAAGAAGGUCUACACCCUGUACUCGCUGGCCGUACAGCAGCUGUCCAAGCAGGACCACUAUGAUUUUGGACUGAGAGCUCUCACCUCAUUGCUCCGCUACGCUGGGAGGAAACGCAGGGUGCGGCCCGAUUUAUCCGAUGAGGAGAUUCUUCUCAUGUCCAUGAAAGAUAUGAAUGUUGCCAAGCUCACCUCCGUGGACCUUCCCCUGUUCAAUGGAAUCACACAGGAUCUUUUCCCAGGCAUUGACACGCCAUCUGUAGAUUACGGCAAGCUGCGGGAACAGAUUGAACAGGAACUGCGCCUCUCCGGCCUGCAAAUCACGCCGUUCACCGUCGCCAAAGUCAUCCAGCUGUACGAAACCAAGACGUCGCGCCAUUCCUGCAUGAUCGUGGGGAGGACCUGCAGCGGGAAGUCCACCACCUGGCGCUGCCUGCAGGCGGCUCUGACUGCGCUCAACCGUACCGGUGACCCCACCUAUAACCCUGUGCGGGAUUUCCCGCUGAAUCCCAAGGCGGUGUCCCUGGGGGAACUCUAUGGAGAGUACGACCUGACUACCAACGAGUGGACGGAUGGCGUUCUCUCCAGUCUCAUGAGGACAGCGUGCGCCGAUGAGCGGCCGGAUGAGAAGUGGAUCGUGUUUGACGGGCCGGUGGACACUCUGUGGAUCGAGAGCAUGAAUUCUGUGAUGGAUGAUAACAAAGUCCUAACUCUCAUUAAUGGGGAGCGGAUUGCAAUGCCUGAGCAGGUCUCGCUGCUGUUUGAGGUGGCGGAUCUCGCAGUAGCCUCUCCGGCCACCGUGUCCCGUUGCGGGAUGGUCUACACCGACCACACCAGCCUGGGCUGGAAGCCCUAUGUCCAGUCAUGGCUGGAGAAGCGACCCAAGGCGGAAACAGAGACUCUCCAGCGCAUGUUCGAUAAAUACGUCGGGCGGAUUCUCGAGUACAAACACCAAAACUGCAAGGACCUUGUGCCGCAAGAGGACACCAGUGGGGUCAUCUCGCUGUGCAAAUUGUAUGACUCGCUUGCUACAGCUGAAAACGGGGUAAAUCCAGCGGACACGGACAACUACAGCCGCAUGGUGGAGCUCUGGUUCCUGUUCUGUCUGAUCUGGUCAGUCUGUGCUUCUGUGGAUGAAGACGGGAGAAGAAAGAUUGACAACUACAUGAGGGAGCUGGAAGGAAGCUUCCCUAGCAAGGACACUGUAUACGAAUACUUUGUGGAUCCUAAAUCGAAGAAUUGGCUCAACUUUGAGGAGAAGCUGCCAAAGGGUUGGCGAAUUCCUCCCAAUGCCCCAUUCUAUAAGAUCAUGGUGCCAACAGUAGACACUGUGCGCUAUCAGUUUAUCGUCAGUGCCCUGGUUUCCCAUCAGAGCCCAGUCCUGCUUGUGGGACCAGUGGGUACUGGGAAGACCUCCAUCGCCCAAAGCGUUCUGCAGUCCCUAGAUGCUAACAAGUGGGCCCUACUGACCGUAAACAUGUCUGCCCAGACCAGCUCAAGUAAUGUGCAGAAUAUUAUUGAGAGUCGCGUGGAGAAGAGAACCAAGGGUGUCUAUGUGCCUGCCGGGGGCAAGCAGCUGAUAACCUUCAUGGAUGACCUCAAUAUGCCAGCUAAGGACACGUUUGGAUCACAGCCCCCUCUUGAGCUACUUCGGCUCUGGAUUGACUAUGGCUUCUGGUAUGACCGUCACAAUCAGAGCAUCAAAUAUGUAAAGGACAUGUUCAUUAUGGCAGCCAUGGGUCCGCCUGGUGGGGGCCGCACAGCUAUAUCUGAUCGACUCAAGAGCAGGUUUAACCUUAUUAACAUGACGUUUCCAUCGGAGUCUCAGAUUCAUCGCAUCUUUGGGACAAUGAUGAGUCAGAAGCUGCAGGACUUUGAGGAGGAGGUGAAGCCCGUUGGAGAUGUGAUCACUCAGGCGACUGUGGAACUGUAUAAUGGAGUCACUCAGAGGUUUCUUCCCACGCCUGCCAAGAUCCAUUAUCUGUUUAACCUCCGUGAUAUCUCUAAGGUAUUCCAGGGCAUGUUACGAGCCCACCGUGACCUCCAUGAUACAAAGCAGAGCAUCACCAGACUCUGGGUACACGAGUGCUUCAGGGUCUUCUCCGACCGCCUGGUCGACUCAUCGGAUACUGAAGCCUUUGUAGGGAUUCUUAGUGAAAAGUUGGGUUCUCUCUUUGACCUCAACUACCACAACCUGUGCCCCAGCAAACACCCACCUAUAUUUGGUGACUUCAUGCAUGAACCCCCAGUGUAUGAGGAUAUUACAGACUUCAAGACCCUGAAAACCUUUAUGAUGACUCAACUGGAGGAGCAGAGCCGGCAGCCCGGGGCAUCUACCAAGAAACUGGUCCUGUUCACCGAUGCUAUCCAGCAUGUGACCCGCAUCGUGCGUGUGAUCGGACAGCCGCGUGGAAACAUGCUGCUCAUCGGCAUUGGCGGCAGUGGACGGCAGAGCCUGGCACGGCUGGCGGCCUAUAUUUGUGACUACAAGGUCUUCCAGCUGGAGGUGACCCGAGGGUACCGCAAGCAGGAGUUCAGAGAAGACAUUAAGAGACUGUACCGACUGGCUGGAGUAGAUGGCCGCCCCACUGUCUUCCUCCUGGCGGAUACUCAGAUCACAGACGAAUCCUUCCUGGAGGAUGUGAAUAACAUAUUAAGUUCCGGGGAGGUCCCCAAUCUGUACAAGGCUGAUGAGUUUGAAGAGAUCCGGAACUUACUACAAGAAAAAUGUCGGGAGGAAAACGUCCCGGACACCCCGGAGAGUCUCUUCAACUUCCUGGUGGAAAGAGUGCGGAGCAAUCUGCACAUCGUGCUCUGCAUGAGCCCUGUGGGGAACCCCUUCAGGAAUCGAAUUCGCCAAUACCCAGCUCUUGUUAACUGCACGACCAUUGACUGGUUCUCUGAGUGGCCUGAAGAGGCCUUGCUGGAGGUUGCGGAGAGAUAUCUGGAGGGAGCCGAUCUCGGAAGCAUGGAAGAGAUCAAUGGGAAAGUGGCCCGAAUCUUUGUCACAAUGCACCGCUCUGUAGCAGAAUAUUCGCACAAGAUGAAAAUGGAACUGAGGAGGCAGAAUUAUAUCACGCCAACCAGCUACCUGGAGGUGGUAUCCCGAUAUAAAAGGCUCCUGAAUGAGAAACGCUCAGAGUUGGGCGAGAAGGCGUCAAAGUUGCGGAACGGACUCUUUAAGAUUGACGAGACUCGGGAGAAGGUGGAGAAGAUGUCGGAGCAGCUUGCAAUCGCCAGAAGUAAAGUGGCUGAAUUCCAGAAGCAGUGUGAGGAGUACCUGGUCAUUAUAGUCCACCAGCGGAGAGAAGCCGAUGAGCAGCAGAAGAUGGUGACAGCUCACAGUGAGAAGAUCGGAGCCGAAGAGAUAAAGUGCAAAGCUCUGGCAGAUAAUGCUCAGAAAGACCUGGAGGAAGCUCUUCCUGCUCUAGAGGAGGCCAUGAGGGCCCUGGAGACACUGAACAAGAAGGACCUGAGUGAGAUCAAGGCUUAUGGACGCCCUCCAGCCCUGGUUGAGACUGUAAUGCAGGCUGUCAUGAUCCUGAGAGGAAAUGAGCCCACCUGGGCCGAGGCCAAAAGACAGCUAGGAGAGCCCAACUUCAUCAAACAGCUCAUUAACUUUGACAAGGACAAUAUCUCGGAGAGGAUCCUGAAGAAGAUUGGACAGUACUGUGUCCUGACAGAUUUCUUUCCAGACAUUGUUGGCCGAGUGUCUCUGGCUGCCCGGUCUCUCUGCAUGUGGGUGCGGGCUAUGGAGAUGUACGGUCGUAUUUUCCGCGUGGUGGAACCAAAACGUGCUCGUAUGAAUGCGGCAAUGGCACAGCUGGCAGAGAAACAGGCGUCGCUGGCAGAAGCUCAGAAUAAGCUGAGAGAGGUGGGUGAGCGGUUGGAGCAGCUGAAGAUGCAGUACGAUGAGAAGCUGGCACAGAAGGAGCAGCUCAGAGAAGAGGCUGAACUGAUGGAGGUGAAGCUACAGAGAGCGGGGACACUGGUGACAGGACUGGCUGGGGAGAAAUCUCGCUGGGAGGAGACGGUGAAGGGUCUAGAGCAAGACCUGGGCUUCCUAGUUGGCGACUGUCUCCUUGCCUCGGCCUUCCUGUCGUACAUGGGCCCCUUCCUCUCCAGCUACCGUAAGGGAAUCUUGAGCAUCUGGACCAAUGAGGUGCGGGAGAUGUUGGUUCCCUGCUCUCCACAGUUUUCUCUGACUACCUUCCUGUCCAGCCCCACCAUGGUACGAGAGUGGAAAUUGCAAGGCCUGCCCUCGGACAGCUUUUCCAGUGACAAUGGAGUCAUCGUCACACGGGGGAACAGGUGGCCACUGAUGGUAGAUCCGCAGGGACAAGCCACUAAAUGGAUUAAAAGCAUGGAGUCUGCUCAGGGGCUUAAAGUGAUUGACCUGCAGACGCCGGAUUUCAUGCGCACCCUUGAACAAGCUAUCCAGUUUGGGACCCCAGCACUUCUACAGAACGUCCAGGAAGAUCUAGAUCCAUCACUGGCACCGAUCCUGAACAAGUCUGUCACAAAAGUGGGGGGACAGCUGCAGAUCCGCCUGGGCGAUAAAGAUGUCACAUACAACCCCGACUUCCGCUUCUACAUCACAACAAAACUCUCCAACCCCCAUUAUACUCCGGAGAUCAGCUCGCAGGCCACCAUUGUCAACUUCGCUGUGAAGGAGCAGGGUUUGGAGGCGCAGCUAUUGGCCAUCGUUGUGCGGAAGGAACGUCCGGAGCUGGAGGAACAGAAGCAAUCGCUGGUCCUAAACAUCGCAGCUGGGAAACGUAAGCUACAGGACCUGGAAGAUGAGAUUCUCAGGCUCCUGAAUGAGGCGACGGGCUCUCUCUUGGAUGACGUGCAGCUGGUGAACACCCUUCAGACGUCGAAGGUCACGGCCAGCGAAGUCAGCGAGCAGCUGGAGAGCAGUGAGGAGACGGAAGAGAUGAUAGACCUGGCCAGAGAGGCAUACCGCCCUUGUGCCCAGCGUGCCUCACUCCUCUUCUUCGUCUUGAAUGACCUCGGGCGAAUUGACCCAAUGUAUCAGUUCUCCCUGGAUUCCUACAUCGACCUCUUCCAUCUAAGUAUUGACAGGAGCAAGCGUAGCGCCAACCUGGAGGAGAGGAUCACCAACCUCAAUGAGUAUCACACGUAUGCGGUCUACAGGUACACCUGCCGCGCCCUCUUCGAAAAACACAAGUUGCUGUUCAGUUUCCAGAUGUGCGCCAAGAUCCUGGAGGUGGCCGGAAAGCUCAACAUGGAUGAGUACAACUUCUUCCUGCGCGGUGGUCUGGUCCUGGACCGAGAAGAGCAGAUGGACAACCCCUGCCCAGGAUGGCUUUCUGACGCCAACUGGGAUAACAUAACAGAGCUGGACAAGCUGGCAAACUUUCAUGGCAUCAUGAAUUCAUUUGAGCAGUACCCCCGAGACUGGCACCAAUGGUACACCAGCGCCGAGCCUGAAAAUGCCUGCCUGCCAGGUGAAUGGGAGAAUGCCUGCAGUGAGAUGCAGCGGAUGCUCAUUGUCCGUUCUCUGCGCCAGGACCGCGUGGCCUUCUGCGUCACCGCUUAUAUCAUCAACAAUCUGGGGUCAAAGUUUACAGAGCCGCCGGUACUGGACAUGAAAGCGGUGGUUGAGGACUCUCUCCCACGCUCCCCGCUGGUGUUCGUGCUCUCCCCAGGAGUGGACCCUACUGGUGCCCUCUUGCAGUUGGCAGAGCAGUGCCGGAUGUCCCAGCUGUUCCAAGCUCUGUCCCUGGGACAAGGUCAGGCACCUAUUGCCACCCGCAUGAUCAAAGAAGGAGUGAAGGACGGACACUGGGUCUUCUUGGCCAAUUGUCACCUGUCCCUGUCCUGGAUGCCUCAGCUGGAUAAGUUGGUGGAACAGCUGCAAGUAGAAGAUCCACAUCCAAACUUCAGGCUGUGGCUGAGCUCCAGCCCCCAUCCUGACUUCCCCAUCUCCAUCCUGCAAGCCAGCAUUAAGAUGACCACCGAGCCCCCCAAGGGCUUACGCGCCAACCUAACACGUCUUUACCAGCUGAUAACCGAGCCCCAGUUCUCCCGGUGCAGCAAGACCUCCAGCUACCGGCGCCUGCUGUUCUCUCUCUGCUUCUUCCACAGUGUCCUCCUGGAGCGCAGGAAAUUCCUCCAGCUUGGCUGGAACAUCGUAUAUGGCUUCAAUGACUCUGACUUUGAGGUAUCUGAGAAUCUGCUCAGCCUGUACCUGGAUGAGUAUGAGGAGACCCCGUGGGAGGCCCUCAAAUUUCUCAUCUCUGGCGUCAAUUAUGGAGGUCAUGUGACUGAUGACUGGGAUCGGCGUCUUCUGGGAACCUAUAUUAAUGAUUAUUUCUCUGAAUCUGUACUGACCGCCCCAUUCUACAGACUUUCCUCUUUGGACACAUAUUACAUCCCACGCGAUGGGCCGCUGGCGUCAUACAAGGAGUUUAUUGGCUUGUUGCCCACUGUGGAUCAUCCAGAGGCCUUCGGCCAGCACCCAAACGCGGAUAUUGCCAGCCAGAUCACUGAGGCACGAACCCUCUUUGACACUCUGCUGUCUCUGCAACCCCAGAUCACUCAGAGCGUGGCGGGAGGGCAAAGCCGAGAAGACAAGGUCUUGGAGAUACUGAGUGAUGUCCGGCAGAAGAUUCCCCAGGAAAUAGAUUAUGAAGGAACGAUGAAAGUGCUGAGUGACGAUCCCAGCCCGCUCAAUGUUGUGUUACUACAGGAGAUCCAGAGAUACAACACUCUGCUGAGCACGAUCCGAUCUUCUCUCCUAGACCUAGAGCAUGGUAUACAGGGCCUGGUGGUCAUGUCUACUGAACUGGAGGAGAUAUUCACAUAUAUACAUGACGCACGUGUGCCCCCACUCUGGGAAAAGGCCUACCCGUCACUGAAGCCCCUGGCGGCCUGGACUCGGGAUCUGGCGUUGCGCGUGGAGAUGUUCGCUCACUGGGCAGAGACGGCACAUCCGCCUGUUCUGUAUUGGCUAUCAGCAUUCACCUUCCCCACCGGAUUCCUGACCGCCGUACUACAGAGUUCAGCCCGGCAAAACAAUGUCUCUGUGGACUCUCUCUCCUGGGAAUUCAUUGUCUCAACUGUAGAUGAUAAUAACCUGGUGUAUCCUCCAAAGGAUGGGGUGUGGAUCCGCGGUCUGUAUCUGGAGGGGGCCGGGUGGGAUAAGAAGAACUCCUGCCUAACGGAGGCAUCACCCAUGCAGCUGGUGUGUCCUAUUCCCACCAUUCACUUCAGACCCACCGAGAGCAAGAAGAAGAGCAGUAAAGGUCUGUACUCCUGCCCCUGUUAUUAUUACCCGCUCCGCUCCGGGGCUGCCGGCCGGGCCUCCUUUGUGAUCGGGGUAGAUCUCCGGACGGGGUCUUCGCCUCCCGAACACUGGAUCAAGAGGGGGACAGCCUUGCUCAUGAGCCUGGACAGCUAAGGGCUUCAGACGCCCGCCAUGUCUCUUCACCGCCUGGUGCCUUGUGCAGCUCACGUGUAUUUAUUUCUGUAAAUGGCUUUCGCAUCACAAUAAAGUGCUCUGACCUUUCUGAGUGAAGGAUUAUGCCGUCA